UAGAUUUGCAUUGAGAGAUGAUUUUAUGGAAAGUACCCCAUGCCAAUCUCUAGGUAUGGUGAAGGGUAUGUGAGCAUAAACUGCUGGGUGCCUGUUAACUCCUCUUUCUCAUUCUCUGUGCAUUGUGGACAGUAUUGAUUUGCUGCUUGCAGGGCCUCAGGUCUCAGACUGUGCACCGCAGUAUCAGCUGAAAUAUAUAGGUCUUACAACUAGAUUAUGAAACAUGGACCGUCCUCAAAAUCAGACAAUAAUAGUGGUUGAAGAAGUACUCAGAUCUACGUAAACGUACUUCAGUGUAGAAAUACUAAAACGUAGCAUAUAUUAGUCCUGUAUAAAGUAAAAGCACAAAGGUAUUCACAUCAAAAUAAACUUCAAGUUUCAAAAGUAAAAGUACUUAUUGUGCAGAAUGGCCUACUUUAGAAUAAUGUAUGUUGUUUGAUUAAAAUUAGUGAUGCAUUAAUGUGUACAUCACUUUAAUGUUGCUGCUGGUAAACGUGGAGCUACUUUUAAUCACUUUAUAUACAGCUGGGUAGCUUGGGAAUUUAACCCCAGGGAUCAGUAGUCUUAUCCUAACCUAGAAUGAUAUAUGAUUAUUUAUUUACAUUUUGCAUUAUUAAUGUGAAGUAAUCUGCAAAAUAACUGAAGUUAUCACAUAAAUAGUAGUGUAUAAAGUAGCAGAAAAUAGAUUUUGAAAAACUGUAAUGUACUAAGUUACAUUCCACUACUGGGUAAUAAAGCAGGACCUUAUUAUGUCAGUUGAUAUUAUCAUUUAGUAGCAGGCUACAUAUUCCCAAAUAUUUAGCAAUUUAUCAAAUUCACCCCCAGUGAAACUUGGAGCUAUUGCCCACUAUCCCUGGUUGGUAAUGUAGUUUUGGUUUGUAGUAACAUUUUAGCGACUCCCUUUUAAAAAUUCAGCCUUUAAGUUUUGUUUAUGAAAUUAUGACUCAUUGCAUUUAGGUAUGGUUAAGUUACUGUUAGAAUUGUGAUUUUGCCGCUUUUAUUUUGAAAGAACGGGACCGGAUGUUUUUUUGUGUAGCGCGGAACAUGAAAUGUGUGUAUAUAUCUAUGUGAAAUGUGCUAGCAGUUAGCUAUUUGAAUAGGGAUAUUAACUAAUUCAUGUUAUAUUUCCUGAACUCAAAAUGAUACAGUGUAUGAAUAUAUUGACCUUAUUCUCAGAAAAGGCUUCACUACACUAGCUAUAGUGUUUUGCUAUCUAACUUUACCAUUGACAUAUAUAGAACUUUACGGAUAAGCUAACGUUAGCUAACUAGCUAGCUAGCUAAUGUAUAGCAUUAGACUGUACUAAUAUCAUAGACAUUAUAUAAACGAUUAAUAUACAGUACAGUCUAUGUAUUAUAGCUAGUAGGUCACAGGAAACUCCGACACAACCCAAAGUCGAUUUUAUUUUUGUCACAAAGUCCGUUAAACGGUAUAUAAACGGACACUUUCUCGUCCAAUGCUAUUUAAAAUAUGGAUAAGUCCACCGUGUUGAACACAGCAGGUGGAGAGGGUGCAGAUAGAUGUUUUAUCUGUCUGAGCCCCUUUGAAAAGCAAGCAGUGGCCUCUCUGGAGAACUGCCAGCAUGUCUUUUGCCUUGAAUGUAUUCUGCAGUGGUCCCAGACAGCCAACACCUGCCCAGUGGAUCGGAGCAGUUUUGCUUUCAUCCACCAGAGAUGGUGUCCUGGAGGGGACAUUCAGAAGAAGAUCAAAGUGAGGACGAAGAAAAAGGAGGAGGAGGAGGAGGAUGAUGAUGAUGAUGAAGAGGAGGGGAGCAAUGCUGUAAUCUGUGAGGAAUGUGGACGCAGCGACCGCAGGCACCGGCUGCUAGUGUGCAUCGGCUGUGAUUCAGGGUAUCAUAUGGAGUGCUUGAGACCAUCUUUAAACACAGGCCCUGACGGUGACUGGAUGUGUGCUGAGUGUGCGGUCAGUCCUCAGCAUACAGACACCUCCGUGGUGGAGGGGGAGAUCAGUGAUGGAGAAUUAACAGACCUCCUAGCUGAAGCAGAUGAAACUGCGUCUACCAGCGGUCAUCUUCGGCCCUCCACCAUAAAUCGUCCCAGUGGCUACGGCGAACGACGACACAGCCAGAGGAUCCAGUGCAGGGCCAGCAGCAAUCCUCAUCCUCGACCCCAAACCUCCUGGCGUGUGCCUAAAUAUCUGUUAGGGGCAUCAACGCCUGCCGUCACAACAGAUGAAGUAGCUGCACUACAUCCCAGUGACAGCAGCAGUGCUUCAAUCACGUUAAAGAGGAGAAAAAGAAGGAAGCGUGCAACUUGAGCUCCUGAAGCUUCUGACAUCAACAAGAGUUAAAGAUGA